AUGUGGCACUUGUUCUAUCAUCUGGGUGGGAACGGGCCUUGGAUACCGCGGGUUAGCGGAAUCGAAUACUCAAAUGCCUCCCUGCCCAAGCAUUGUUCAGUAGACCAGGUUCACAUGUUGUCUCGACAUGCCGAACGGUAUCCUACUAAGAAUGCUGGAGCUAGACAUUUUGAUCUUCUCGAUCGUCUGAAAAAGCCAGGAGUAGACUUAACAGGGGCGCUCUCAUUCGUGAAAUCUUGGAAGUACUUUACAAACCCCGAAGACCCAGCGUUCGAGAAUCUGACAGCCACCGGCCCAUAUGCCGGAACUCGACAAGCCUUCAAUACGGGGACGAUGCUGCGGCAAACGUAUGAUCAUUUGGUCCCUCCAGCACGACGCACGAAGUUCUGGUCUUGCAGUUCUGGUCGAGAUAUCGAAACCGCCAGGAAUUUUGCGGACGGUUUCUUUGGCUCAGAUUGGGACUCUCACGGAUCAGCAGAGCUUGUUGUUAUCCCCGAGGACGCCAACCGGGGUGCAGAUACUCUGACCCCAGGAAGUACGUGUUACAAGUACCGAAGGGAUGGCUACGGUCAUGAUUAUGGGUACGGGAAGCUCGAAUUAUGGCAAAAGGUAUUCACAAAGCCUAUUAUCGACCGACUCUCUCAGCACGCGCAAGGGGUUCAAAUCGACCAUUUGGAUGUUUAUAGUAUGAUGGAAAUGUGUGGAUUCGAGAUCCUGGCCAAGGGGUCUAGUCCCUGGUGUGCUGUCUUUACCCAGGAUGAAUGGCUGCAUUUUGAGUACGCGCGCGACCUUCUGCAUUUCUAUCGAGCGGGCCCUGGUAAUUCAUAUGCCGGGGCAAUGGGAUGGCUGUGGCUGAACGCGACACAAACCCUCAUGUCGAACCAGUCUUCCAAAGACGUCUAUUUCAGCUUCGUUCAUGACGGGGACAUCAUACCCGUAAUGGCAACGCUGCAAAUACUCAAUGAGCAAGUGAUGCUGCAGGAGUUGCCCACCACUCACAUGAAGACGGAUCGACGUUGGCGGACGAGCGAUGUGGUACCAAUGGGAGGACGAUUGAUAUUUGAACGGAUUGCGUGUCAGACUGGCUCUGAAACGGCUGGUAUGGAACAUUUUGUGCGACUCUUUGUCAACGAUGGACUGAUGAAGUUACCCGGGCUACGUGCGACCAAACAUAUCGAGCAUGGUGUUCGGUUGGACGAUUUUCAGGACUUUGUCUCGUCUCGAAAGCAAAUAUUUGGGGACUUCCGUGAGGUCUGCUCUUUGCCCGAAGACAGCCCUGAUAGAAUAUCCUUUCUGCACCAAUAA